GUAUAAAAGAAACGACGAUGACUGCAGACUCUUAGUAAUUCAGUAAUGGCUGGUUCGUUCGUACAGAGGUGCGUCUAUCUGACGUUCGUUGUCGCUGUUUAUGCCGCACCGAAAGUCGAGAAAGAUGAUUGCGACAAAUCAAAGUGCCCAGGCCCUGUGAGGUACUACGAAGAAUUAGGCUGUACACCAGUUUAUAAGAAUCCUGGCGAUUGUUGUGCUGAGAAAUACGACUGUAGUUCCUUGAAGGCAUUGUCGACCAACAAGUGUUACGUGAAUGGUCACGAAUACAGUAUUGGCGAAAAGUUGAAAGACGAGGAUGCAAAUCCUUGCGAUAAAUCGUGCUCGUGCAGAGACGGUUACGAUGGCGUUGCCAGUUUUAAUUGCGCGGUGGUAGACUGUCCAUUUUCAUCACCUUCGCCGGAUUGUCGUUUCAAGCCAUCUCACAACAAUUGUUGCUCGGGAUCAGAAGAAAUAUGCUUUAAAGAAGAAGAAAGGCCGACGUGCGAGGUAGAUGGUAAAACAUAUACAUACGGUGACUAUUUCGUACCAGAAUCAGAACCGGAUAAGGAAUGUUACUGCAUGGAAGGAUACAAAGGUGAGAAUAUUGAACCUUUCUGCAAGAAGCCGAACCGGCCAUAUUGUUCUCCUUUGUUUCGAAGAGCUUCUGACGUACAUCGGAAUUGUGCGCCUGUAUUUUAUAGCACCGAAGACCCGCAAACAGAUUGUAGCGUGUUUUCCAGAUGUCAAAAUCAGAAUGACACUGUCAUUCGCAAUCACGAUAGUACUAAGUCUCUCGUUCAUUCAGACAAAGAUAUGUGCAAAUUCGGUGACAUGAUGAUGCACGUGGGUGACGAACUGAACCAAGGGACCGACUAUGAUUCUGUUUGCGUGAGAUGCGUAUGCGAUGUUCCACCUAUUCCCACGUGUCAGCGACUUCCCGAUGACGAAUGCGAUGUCACAAAACAUGAGCCGUUCCAUAAUUUGUCUUGAAGACCGCGGAAACUGUGAUACGACCCUGUACCAAAAUAUGACUAACUUGAUUUUCAUGAUGAAAAGACGUGAACUUUGGUUUUUAAGACGCCUUUGGUUUUUAAGCAAUAUGGAAAUGUAGGUAACUGUAAUUUUUUUAACGUUUCCUGAAUUGUUUAAGAACUAAUAACAAUCACACUUUGUAAAAUUUAAUCACUAACAAAAAAUAACGUUGACUGUGUUUAAUUUUAGUACGUUGAGUCAUAUGUACCUUUAAAAAAUGUAGUUAGUGCUAUUUCUCUAUAAAGCUAACAUUUAGUCAAUUUUAUCUAUUAUUUGUCGAAGUUGUGCAAUAUUCAUCGAAAUACAAUUAUCUUUGUACAGAGAUUUAAUACAGAUUUGCACAGGUUUUGCUACGUCACCGACGACACGAACUUUUAUUUAAUUUAGUAGUAUAAGAGUCAUCUGUUGACAAUUACCAUGAUACCAGUGAAAGCGUUUUAUUAGUAAAUAAAACUGUUGAUUGCAAACUUAA